AUGACGCUCGUUACCAGCAGACCUGAGGAGGAGCGUCUUCAGACAGACAGCCCAGAGGACAGCCCAGGGGACAGCCCAGAGGACAGCCCAGAGGACAACCCAGAGGACAGCCCAGAGGACAGUCCAGAGGACAGCCCAGAGGACAGCCCAGAGGACAGCCCAGAGGACAACCCAGAGGACAGUCCAGAGGACAACCCAGAGGACAGCCCAGAGGACAGCCCAGAGGACAGUCCAGAGGACAGCCCAGAGGACAGCCCAGAGGACAGCCCAGAGGACAACCCAGAGGACAACCCAGAGGACAGCCCAGAGGACAACCCAGAGGACAGCCCAGAGGACAGCCCAGAGGAGAAAAGGAAAAGAGAAAUACAACAAACUAGAAAGUGCUGUGAUGUUGUGUAUGUCAGGUUGCAGGCUCUGAGGAAGGAGAAGUCCCGGGAUGCGGCUCGCUCGCGGCGGGGGAAGGAGAACUUUGAGUUCUAUGAGCUGGCUAAGAUGCUGCCCCUGCCCGGCGCCAUCACCAGCCAGCUGGACAAGGCUUCCAUCAUCCGCCUCACCAUCAGCUACCUUAAGAUGAGAGACUUUGCCAACCAGGGGGACCCGCCAUGGAACCUGCGCAUGGAAGGCCCACCGCCCAACACCUCCGUCAAAGCUAUAGGAGAUCAGCGAAGGAGGACUCCCAGUGCGGUAGCCUCAGAGAUCUUCGAGCCACACCUCGGGAGCCACAUAUUGCAGUCCCUGGAUGGAUUUGUAUUUACACUAAACAAGGAGGGAAGGUUUUUGUACAUCUCUGAGACGGUGUCUAUAUACCUGGGGCUUUCGCAGGUGGAGCUGACAGGAAGUAGUGUGUUUGACUACGUCCACCCUGGUGAUCAUGUGGAGAUGGCAGAGCAGCUGGGCAUGAAGCUGCCCCCGGGGCGAGGCCUCCUUUCUCAGGGCACCGCCACCGAGGACGGCGCCAGCUCUGCCUCCUCCUCCUCACACGCAGAGACCCCCGAGCCAGUCGAAUCGACCAGCCCCACCCUGCUGCCCCCAGACAACAUUCUAGAACGCUCCUUCUUCAUCCGUAUGAAGUCCACACUGACCAAGAGAGGCGUCCACAUCAAGUCUUCAGGCUAUAAGGUGAUCCAUGUUACAGGCAGGCUGAGGAUCCGUAUGGCAUUGACCCACAGUCGGUCGGUACCCAUUCAGAUCAUGGGCAUGGUGGUGGUAGCCCACGCCCUCCCCCCCCCCACCAUCAACGAGGUGCGCAUAGACUGCCAGAUGUUUGUCACCAGGGUCCACAUGGACCUCAACAUUGUCUACUGUGAGAAUAGAAUUAGCGACUACAUGGACCUGAUGGCAGUGGACAUCGUAGGGAAGAGGUGUUACCAGUUUAUUCAUGCGGAGGAUGUGGAUGGCAUCCGGCUCAGCCAUUUAGACUUGAUAAACAAGGGCCAGUGUGUGACCAAGUACUACCGCUGGAUCCAGAAGAACGGUGGGUACAUCUGGAUCCAGUCCAGUGCCACCAUCGCCAUCAAUGCCAAGAACGGCAAUGAAAAGAACAUAAUCUGGGUCAACUACGUACUCAGUAAUCCAGAGUACAAGGACACGCCCAUGGACAUCGCCCAGCUACCCAACCUUCCAGAGAAAGCCUCAGAGUCUUCAGAGACAUCCGACUCUGAGUCCGAGUCCAAGGACAACUCUGACGACAACGAGAACUCCAAGUGGGACAGGAAGGGGAACCAGACUGAGAACACAGAGGACCCGGAGACAGACAGUAAAAAGCAGCAGCAGGGCCAGUCGUCCUCAGAGCAGGAGAUGAGGCGUCAGGAGGAGGGAGACAGCUCCUCCAACCCAGAGAGCCAGGAGAGCGAGGACGAUCUGGAGCCCAGCGACUGUGAGGUGGAGACCAAGGAGGGCAGACUGGGCCGGCUGGAGGACCUGCACAUCAAGGUGGAGCACUACGGAGACGGAAACGGAGGGGUGGACCUGCACGACUCGCCGUCCUCCUCUGAAGAAGAGGAAGAUGAUGAUGACGAUAAGGAAGAUGACGACAGCUUCAAAGACUGUGACAGCGCCACCGAGACUCUCGCCGCCCCCGCUGCCAGUAAGCAGCAGAAACGUAAGAAGAGGAGGAAAAAGCAGAAAUGGGACGGUAGUCGUCCUAAACGCCUGUGCCUCUCCUCUGCCACCCCCAGCUCUAACACCUUUGUUGGGGCUGUCCCCCUCCUGCCGCCCCCCUCCCCUGCCAGUGCCUCUGUGCUCAAGAUCAAAACGGAAAUGUCCGAGUCCAUCAACUUCGACAAUGACAGCAUCAUCUGGAACUACCCACCCAACAGAGAGAUCUCCAGGAAUGAGUCUCCCUACAGCAUGACGAAGCCCGUCCCAGCCCACGAUACCUUCCCCUCCCCACAGCCUGGUAGUCUGCAGGUCUCCAUCCCAGACUCAGUGCUCACUCCCCCAGGAACAGAGGGGGGCAGUGGGGGUGCAGGUACCAGGAAGGGCGUACCCCCCUCCUUCAGCGGUUAUAGCAGCGCCCCCUCCUCGGCCUCCAGCGCCGCCAGCCUGGCCCCUCCCUCCGGCUCUGGGUCCUCCUCCGACCCCCUGUCCCCGCCCCUCUCGGCCUCGCCACGCGACAACCAGCAAUGUCAGAGCACCCCCACCACGUCCGGCUCCUCCCUGCUGUACACCAGCGACCUGGAGGCCCUGCAAAGGCUGCAGGCCGGGAACGUGGCGCUUCCACUGGUCCAGCGGGUCACCGGCACCCUCGCCACGACCAGCACUGCUGCCUCACGGCUCUACACCACUGGCACCAUCCGCUACGCCCCUGCCGACGUCACUCUGGCCAUGCAGGCAGGCGCCAACCUGCUGCCCCACAAUGUGACCCACACUAUGAACUUUGUGGAUGUCAACGGUAGCCCCAGCUUCGGCAUUGACCCCAAGACGCCCAUGGAGAUGCUGUAUCAUCACGUCCACCGGCUCAACAUGGCUGGCCCUUUUGGGGGUACCAUGUCCGGCGCCAGCCUCACCCAGAUGCCAGCAGCCAAUGUAUUCACCACCGCCGAGGGACUGUUCUCCACUCUUCCAUUCCCUGUCUACAGUAACGGGAUACACACCACACAAACUCUGGAGCGCAAAGAUGAUUAG